UGGAUUUUUCGUUCUUUGUGGAAGUGGAUCAGCGAUGGGUCCGGGUCCGGGAUCGGGGUCGGGAUCGGGAGGGGGUCCUUGCCCCCUUGGACGGGGAGCCGGAGACGGAUUAUUCUCUGCGGGGCAACAAUUUCCCUUCGACCUGCGGUGAGAGGUUUAUUGAAAGAAAAACCCCAACUGGAAGCAAACCAUGGCUAAAGAUGUGGGAAUAGCAACAAGUGAACUGGCCCGAGGACUGAGAGCAUCAACUGGAGAGAACAACACUGAAUCAGCUGACUUGGAGUUCCCAGUGAGUCAGUGAGGAGGAAGUUUGUUAGACCUGCAGUGAGAGGUUUAUUGGAAGAAAAACCCCAACUAGAAGCAAACGACGGCUGAAGACGGGAACAGCAAUAAGUGAACCAGCCCGAGGACUGAGAGCAUAAACUGGAGAGAUCAACUCUGCCUCAGGAGAAUCGGAGAUUCCAUUGAUUCAGUCAGGAGAAAGUUUGGAUAAAAAACGAGAAGGAAUUUGUCUCCAGGAAUCUCAAACACGACACGCCAGUUUUGCUGUCUCUGUCUAGAUAUUUAAGAAGUGGAGCAAGGUAUUCAAUCAACCAUCCUUCCUGCUCAGACUGUGGGGAGGGAUUCACUUGGUCAUUUGAACAUCUAGCAAGCCCGUCAUCUUACAGAGGAGAAAGGCCUUUCACCUGCUCAGACAGUGGGAAUGGAUUCACUUGGUUAUCACAAUUGAAGGUAUAUCAGCAAGUUCACAAUGGGCAAGGCCAUUCACCUGUUCUGUGUGUGAGAAAGGAUUCUGUCGGGCAACCCACCUGUGGACACACCAGUCAGAUCACACUGUGCAGAGACUGGUCAUCUGCUGAAUUUCGGUGAAGGGAUUCUCUCGGUCAUCUGACCUAAUGGCACACCAGCGUGUUCACACGAGGGGGCGGCCAUUCACCUGCACAGUCUGUGGGAAGGGAUUCACUGCAUCAUCCAACCUACAGAGACAUCAGCGAGUUCACACUGGGGAGAAGCCAUUCACCUGCUCAGUCUGUGGGAAGGGAUUCACUCAGUCAUCCCACCUACAGAAUCAUCAGCGAGUUCACGCUGGGGAAAAGCCAUUCACCUGCUUAGACUGUGGGAUAGGAUUCACUCAGUCAUCACAACUACUGGCACACCAGUCAGUUCACAGUGGGGACUUGCCAUUAUAAUGAAUCCCUGGGUUUCCUUUGCUGUGGACUCUCAUUUUAAGAGAGAGACAUUAAGAAGAUGAAUCAGUCUGACUUGCAGCCUGUUUACAUCGCUCGCGCUUGUUUAGCUUUAACCGAGGACACAGACACUCAGAGUCAAAUGGAGACGAAGGAGGAAAAAUGGAAGGAUUGAAACCAGGGAACUAGUGACCAAGGGUCACUGUUUAAAAGUUUCCUAUGCCCACAAGGGUGGGUUAAUUAUCGAUUCAUGUACAUCGAAUGUGUGGAAGUCACAUUGUUUGAUCCAUAGGAGUGGAUCUGAUUUGGGAUAUCCUGUGGAGACCACUUAUGUGUUAACACUUGAAUGGCUGUGGUGUGGUAGUUCACUUGAAAACAUACCCCUGGUUACAAGUCACUUUCGGUGAUAAUCAGUAUGUGGAUUUGGAAUGAUGACGGAUAAAUUCUACAAUGACUGUUCUUUCGUUUUGCCACCAUGGAACCUGAGGAAUGUACAUAUUUACAUAUCUACAUAUAUCUACAUAUUACCUACAUAAUAUCGACAUUUUUGCCUUCUCUUGCCAUUUACCCUGGAUUACAAAUCUCUCUCUCUCUUAUCGCCUAUUCUGUAGUUGAACUGAACUUUCAUACUUUACCAUCUCAAGACUCCGAGCCUUGUUUCCCCCGAGCUCAAUAGUUUGGGAGUUAUAUUUACACACAUUUAUAAACGUAACACUAUUAACUUCUGUUUAUCUUGUUUAAGUUGCAAUAUUACAAGUAGAUUCUAAUAAAGACAGAUUUAACAUCAAAACCAGACUCCAGGUGUAGUCUAUUGCUGCUGGCUUGGUUCUAAAGCAUUAUGGUUCAUAACAAAUUUGGGGCCUGCGUCUGGG